AUGUACCAUCAGCUCCACUGCUUGGCAAGCAUUCGAAUGGCCUAUUUCAAUCAAACAGACAACCAUCAACAUCGACGGGAUGAGGUGGACAUGAGGCUGCUGAACCACCUUCACGUUGAUCAUUGCUUUGAUUAUCUGAGACAGGCAAUCCGAUGCUCUGCCGACCCCACAAUUGAGUGGGGUCGAGUGGAAAGGAACGGAAAGCGAAAGGAAAUUGAUGGAUGGGGUGUUCCUCACCGCAUUUGCAAGGAUGUGAAUGUUUUUGAAAAGUUUAUUGCGCAGCACCAAUAA